UACGCAUAGUCACGCUGGAGAAGUACAGGAAGGACCUAUGCAAAGGAUGUCGGCAAACGGCAGCGUGACCAAUCUACAGCUCUGCUCUGUGGCCCGGGCGGAGAAACCCGACGUCCAUCUGCUACCGUGCGAGAUAGAGCAUGAUGGACCCGCGGAAGUCACCAGCUACUUCACUGCCGCUUUGAAGGAUCGAAAACACGAAAAGAGUGUGUCAUUCAGGGGUCGUGAGUUGAAAGGUCAGGAGGUCAGCUGUCCACAUGGCUACACAGGACUUGUGCUGAGAGAGGACCAUAAACCCACAUCGGACCAAGAGGACCGGACAGUGAGGGUGUCUUCUGUCUUCCACCGCUUCACAUACUGGAACCUGAAUACCCCACCCACCUCUGAUGAUGGUGUUGUCAUGGCAAUGGCUUGGCCUGAGAUAGCAGAGGCAAUUCAUGGGCUGGUGGAUGACUGAAGGAGGCUGGAGAGAGAACCUGCGGGCUGGCUCCAGGUGCCACUCACCGGGCCUCCUCAAACGAUGGGCAACCGCACAAUUUCACUUUGGAAAAUGUGUGAUGAGAAGACAAAUUAUUCAGUGAUGUUGGACUGUUCUCUGGCUGGAGUGAGCUAAGGGGGGUUCCUCUGGGCAGGGGGGCAGCGGCUUUUGAUUGGCAGAUCCGCAGCUUAAAUCGAAGAAGCGACUUCCUGGCCACAUGCUGUUGGCCACUGAACCCCAUCAGGCUUUGACCCUAAAGACUGGAUGCCCAUUCCUGCUCCCACACACUUGAUUGCAUUUUAUUCCACAGCAUUUCAACAUAUUAAAAAUGUGAACUCUUUUUGGUUCGUUCUGUGCUGACAAGGUUUUAUCCAGGCCAGCCUGCUUUGUUGGCUAAACUGUAUCAAUGUGCUUCAUAGUUUGAGUCCAGUAAAAUAACAAAGCAGACUCCACUCUCUGUACAUCUGUGAUGCUUGCUGUCAUUUUACAGCACUGCCCUGAUCUGACUGAAACGUUUCCCUUUCUUCCUUUAAUAAACAUUUUAUAUUCAUUAUCA